GGGUCAAACCGUGGGAAUUGGAAUGGGAGCUCUGCGUGGGAUUGGAACUAGGAAUUGCUCGUCAGGACUCGGCAUGUCCGGACUACGGGUGGUUUCCCCACUUUGCUCUGGUCGUCAGUUCGUCACACAGGGACACCACCGCGCACCGCCGGAUCAAAUCGAAGCCAAGAGAAACCCCCUUUGCCCUCCUCUGCACGCCAGCAGGCAGCAGCGACGAUGGCCGCCGCAGUCCGAGCCCUCCUGCGCCGCCGGGCAGCGGCGCCUCCUUCCCCGGCCCUGCUGCAGCCUCUGUUUCCUGGGCGGUACUCUACGCCGCGCUCCCCUCUCCUGGCCGCCGCCGCCGCCGCCGGACUCCUGGACGUGCGCCGCCCACAGCUGUCGCCGGCCUCAGUGCCGCCCCUGCUGCGCUACUACUCGAGCAAGCCGAGCAAGGGAUGCGUGCAGCCGCCACAACGGCAACCACCGACCGGCGGCAAGGAGACGCUGCGUCUGGAACUGGAAGAGAAAAGAGUUGAUCGAUGUGCUAGCACUUUUUUGUGACCAUGAAGAUAAGGAACAAGGUUAACGAGGUGGAUUUGGGCCAGAAGAAGCCUAACGAGUUGUCAAAGUUCAAGGGCACCACAAUUGCAUUUGGAAUGUGUUUUGCUCUUUCAAUGAUGAUCAAUGUGAUAUUCUUGCAUAUCAUCCGUAUCUAGAGUAGUGUCCAUGGAGCUGGACUCUGAAUGGAACUGAAGGUUUCGUUUUAAGAUCGUUUCUCUUUUGGUGUUAGGUGCAAAUGUGCACUUGAACUGGUUAUUAGUGGUAACUCUUUGUAUAGCCAAGCUAAUGUUUUGCAAGGAUGGCUGCACCGUCCAUUCUGCUGUUAUUAGACAGACAAAAGGCUAUUUAUGAACUACUUACUGCUGUUGCAGCUGCUGGUAUGGGUAUAUAUGUUAUGUCUC